AACUAGUUGUAACAUUUAUAAGACAAGCCUGAAAGUGGAAUGCAAUAUUCAGACCUUCUAGAAAGCAGAAUAUCAGUUUUCCAAUCUGUCUUCCCAUUGUACACUAAAAGCAGAGUCUGUAUGUACACAGUGAACAUAUUAAACCAGAAAAGUAACAGUUCUGUCAGGCAGGGCCGCAACAUUAUACCCAGAUCUAUUUUAGUUGAACUAGUAUAAUCAUAGCAAUUUGGUUUCAUGAUAAGGUCAGUCCUUUAACCAGAUUCCUGAUUGUCCUGGUCUGUGGACCACAAGAAAUGGAGCCAAUCAGGACAUUAAUGGAGCAUCUAUAAUUGACUGAUUCCACAAUGCGAAUCUCAACUUCUGUUCUCGGCCUCGGUCCUGUCUCUCCCUUUCUGCAACUUCAAAGUUGGUCAAUGAAUUCAAUUCUUUCACAGGUUCCUCUUCAUUUAUAAGUCCCUACUAAAAGCCAGAGAGACUAAAAGGAACUCAUUAACUGGUCUGUUUUUCCCUCUUACUGACUAGUCAAGGCCCAGGAUGAAGGAGUUGCAGAGGCAAGAUUAGGUUCUAAAAAAAUUCUCAAUUACAUAGCAGGAGACCAUCUUCUACACAGAAAUCAAUAAUCAAUAUAACUUGAGAGAAAAAGAAUGAAACUAGAAUGGCCUAGAAACAUUGGAGAACAGAAACAAAUAUAUAUAAGAGCUGUUGAAUACUUAGAGAAUAAUAGAGCUAGGAAAAAUGUGUUUAUGAGCACUAUUGUUGCCCAGCACAUCUUACUCAGUGGACAGGAAAAAAACCCAGCUGCAUUAUUCAAGGUUCUCUACAUGAACAGGACUGGUAGAAUGAAUCUCUUCAUGUAUGUAGGAAGUGAAUUUAUUAUAAUGUCUCACAAGCUGUGGUUAGUCCAGGUAUUCCACAGCAAUGGAAAUUGGAAGAGUCCAGGAAGUUGCUCAGUUUAUGAGGCUGGAUGUCUCAGCUGGUCUUCAGUAUACACCAAAAUUCCAAAGAAGUAGGCUCUAAUACUAGUAAUGGUAGCCGGAGAUAGGACAAGCUGGCAAAAAGAGAGAACUUCCUUCUUCAAUAUCCUUAUAUGUCAGCUGCUACUAGAAGGUUUGAUCCAGAUUAAAGGUGGAUCUUAUUCUGUUUAAUUCAAAUUUUUUGGUGUUUUUGAGACAGGGUUUAUCUGUGUAACACUGAAACUCAUUCUAUAGACCAGGCUGGCCUCAAACUCAGAACAUUCAACUGACUCUGCCUUGUGAGUACUGGGAUUAAAGGUCUACACUGCCACAAUCAGUUAAAGGUGGAUCUUAUCACCUCAAGUGAUCCAGAUUAAAGACAGAUCUUUAAUUUCAAAACCUUGAAGAAAAAUCCCUCACAGGUGACCCAACUCUUUGGGUUUUAGUUAAUUGCAGAGGUAGUCAGUUUGACUAACAUGAACAAUCAUCACAACAGCCAAGACAGAGAAGUGAGAAAGACCUCUUACCCACAGGAGGCAAGGAGAGCAUGGGAGUUAUUUCCAAAGCAAUGUGUUUCCUAAUCAAAGGAAGCAUGUGGUUUUUACUUAGGGAGUCUGGACACAUUCGUGUAGAGUUCUGCCUAUUCCUAAGUAUUUGCAGUUAACAAAUCCACCUCUGAACAUGAUCACAAUGUAAAAUCAGAGACAUUCUUAUCUCAAAGUCAUGCAGGAACACAUAUAAAUUAUAAAAUGAUGGGAUAAAAUGCCUCCGGCAUGUUCAUCUUGAACCACAAGGUCUUGGCUGAAAAUCAAGUAAAUGACACUGCGAAAAGUAGAUUGCUUUGGCGCCUACGCUACCUGUCAAUCUUAAUAUGUAUUCUAAAAGACAGAUGUGCAAUACCGCCAUUCUCACAUACACAAAAGAUAGACAAUGCAAAUACAGAAAAUGUCAAGGAAAAGCCACCUAACAGCACUGUAUACUCUGUUCUUAGAUUAAUAGUAAUGAUGAUCUCUAUUAACUUCAGAACAAAGCAGGCUGGUUUGGCAGAAGGCCACAGCUGCUUCCAUGCAAGACCAGAAAGAGUUCAUUUUAACUAGCCCUGGCUUACUGUCUGUGUCAGGGCUGUGACAUUGCUGUAAAGAAUUUCAUUCUUUCCUUUUUCUUUUUUUUUAACAUGCAUUCAAAUAACUUUCUUUUUUUUCCAGUUUAAAUUUAGACAUUCUUUCCUUUUUCUAACUUAAAAAAAAAGCUAUAUGGUGUUUCGCCUGUGUGGUUUACAUCAUAUAGGUACCACCCAGAAGUGGACAGUUGCAGCAUUACAACACCAUUCUGGGACAACCCUGAAAGAUACUGGCAAAGAGAAAUCUUCACAGGGGAGAGAAGCUCAGACAGUGCACAUCAUCAUACAGUUUGUUUGAAUGGGAAAAUGGCUAAAUGUGCAACUACUCGAUGAUUACUGGGCUGUAGUCAAUGGAUUGACUGGAUAUUCAGGGACCUGGAAAAAGCAUGAUUGGAAAACGGAUGAGAAAGUCAUCUGGAGAGGUCUCACCAAAUAGGCAAAGGGUGUGAAAAUACUUGUAUCCCAUGUAAAUGCUCACUAAAAGAUGACUUCAGCUGAGGAGGAGUUCAAUAGUCAAGUAGACAGGAUGAGUCUUUCUGUGAACAGUCAGCCUCUUUGCACAACCAUUCAUGUCAUUGCCCAAUGAACCCAUGAACAGGGUGACCAUGGUGGCAGAGAUGGGGGUUAGGCAUGGGCUCAACAACAUGGACUUCCACUCACUGUGGCUGACCUGAUAUUCGGGUUUUGGAUUUGCCUUUCCUGCAUGCAAUGUUUCUGCCAAAACAAACAUUCAUCGAUUUAGAAAAUGUCUUCUCCACUGACACGGUAUUCCACACAGUAUUGCUUCUGACCAGAGAAGCAGGUCAGUUGGUCCACGAUCAUGGGAUCCACUGGUCUUACCAUGUUCUCCAGCAUCCCGAAGAAAUGUAGCAUGAUAGGAAGAUAGAAUGGCCUUUGGCCUUUUGAAGACACAGUUACAGUACCAAUUAGGUGGUAGCACCUUGAGGGCAGGGUCAGGGGUCUCCAGAAGGGAGUACAUGCUUUGAAUCAGCAUCCAAUAUAUGGUAUGGUUUCUCCUAUAGCCAGGAUCUAUGGAUCCUAGUGACUCACUAGGAAAACUUGGCUUCCCAUAUUCACAAAUCUAAAUUCUGCUGGCCUGGAAGUUUUGGUUCCAGAGUCGGCAGUGUUCCUGCAAGGAGCCACAGCAAACAUUCCAUUGAACUGGAAACUCAGACUUCCUCCUGGUCAUUUUUGGGCUUCAAAAACCCUUAAACCAACAGACUAAGAAAGAAUGAAAGCAUUAGAAGGGGUGAUGUAUCCAGAUUACCAUGGAGAAAUUGGAUUGCCUCUCCACAAUGGAGAUAAGGGUUAAGUCUGGAGUGCAGGAGAUCCUUUAGGGCAUCUCUUGGUACUGCUAGGCCCUGUGAUUAAAAUUAAUGGGAAACUUUAACGAUCGAAUCCAGGAAGUCUCCUGCUGUAUACACGGGUCACCUGCUGCACACAGUCAUCUCCUGCUGUACACAUGAUUCUCCUGCUGCACACCGGGGGGUCUCCUGGCCAGGAAGAGGGUCCUCGUGCUGCCCUUGCUGAGGUUGCCAAGCAGCUUCUGGGAUUGCAAUCAGAGGAGCAGCACCGCCCUCCAGUCCAACACAGGCCUUGGCAGAAGACAACAGGGAGGGUUGGGAGGUGGGAGUGGCGGCCACCACCCAGUGCAGCCUGGGGCUCCAGAGGAUCCCGGUGAAGUCUGAGCUGUGGGAGCAGAGAGGCCACAGGAGUCCAGGGAACUGCAGGCGCAGCUCAGCACCCUCAGACUCCGCGGGCUCCAUGGCGUCCCCCAGGGUCCAGAUCCAGGCCGUGGUCACCGAGAGGCACAGGAUGGGCGAGUGUCCAGUAUGGGAGGAGGCGACGGGGCAGCUGGUCUACGUGGACAUCCACGCGCAGACCGUGUGCCGGUGGGGCCCGCACAGCACGAAGGUCCAGGCGGUGCACCUGGGACACCGGGUCGGAUGCGUGGCCUUGCGCGGCCAGGACAAGGGCGGCUACGUGGUGGCUGCUGGCACCUGCCUGGGCUUCCUGGACUGGGACUCAGAGCAGGUGCAGUGGGUGGCUCAGCUGGACAGACAGAAACCCCACAACAGGUUCAACGACGGCAAAGUGGACCCCGCGGGGAGGUUCGUGGCAGGCACCAUGCCAGAGCCCUUGGCCCCCGGCGUGUGGGAACCCGCCCAGGGAUCCCUGUACUCGCUGCAGGGGAACCACUCGGUGCUGCGGCUGGCCGACCGGCUGGGCAUCCCCAACGGGCUGGACUGGUCGACUGACCAGCGCACCUUCUACCACGUGGACAGCCUAGACUACGCGGUGCAUGCAUACGACUAUGAUGUGCAGGCCGGCACCAUCGGGAACCGCCGGCUUCUGUUCCAGCUGCCGCCUGGGCGAGCCAUGCCUGACGGGCUGUGCGUGGACAGCGUAGGGACGCUGUGGGUGGCCUGCAUCGACGGCGGCAAGAUCAUCCGCCUGGAUCCACAGACAGGGUCGUGUCUGUGCACCGUGGACCUGCCUGUGACCAGGGUCACGUCAUGCUGUUUCGGGGGCCCCGACUACUCGGAUCUGUAUGUGACUUCGGCAGCUGAUGGGUUGAGCCAGGAGCAGCUGCAGAGGGAGCCCCAGGCUGGUCACGUGUUCAAGGUCUCUGGCCUGGGCGUGCGCGGUCGCCCGUGUUUUCCCUUCCUGGGCUGAGGCCGCAUGCGCAGCUGCAUUUCCCAGAAGGAUAUGGACAGUACCCGUAGCUGUUGCUGCACCCCACGCGGGACCCGGGACUCGCUCACUCUGUACUCCGCGACCUUGGUGGAACCUUCCGGAAUCCAAAGUCCGCGCCCCAUCCCACCUGGUCAUAACCUUAAAUGCUGCUGUGACCUGAA